AUGCCAUUUGGGGACGACGACGACAACGACUAUGGAGCGCAGCCCGACUGGCAGCAGCGCUUCGACGCGCAGUGGGGGCUGAGCCGCCGGGGGGUGCCGCUCCCCCCCGACGCGGACUGGCGAACCCGCGGCGCCCUCAAGCCCUUCGAGAGGAACCUGCUGCGGAACCCCAACCCCGAAGGGGUGAAUGUUUCUGAGCCAGCUCCUCCGUGCUCACCUGAGGCACCCUGCAAGCCUCAAGACUAUGAAGGCCUUUUCAAAGGCUGGCAAAUUAGCACUGAGCCCGUAACUGCAGCCCACAAGGAAGUCCACCCAAGGUUCGAUUCGCUACGCUACAGCUGGUGCGUCAAGCAACAAUGCAUAGACUUGCUGGCUGAAGGCCUGUGGGUGGAGCUGCUGGAUUUGUACCAACCAAACAUCACCGUCCUGGACUGGUAUGAGAACAGCAAACUGGCCAACUCUGUUUACGAGCUUCACGUCCAACUCCUGGGCACUGAUGAGGCCACGGUGAUUGGUGAAUUUCGCCAUGUGGCAGAGGAAAGACCACAAGAUGGAGAGAACAAGAACUGGCAGGAUGUUUCUCACGUCUUCCAGCGCUAUGGCCCCGGUGUGCGCUACGUCCACUUUCUGCACAAGACCAAGCAGGUUGAGACGCUGGCAGGGCUGCGCCGCACGAGAGCAACGGACAGCAGCGUCUCUGUACAGCUGCGGGACUGAUGGUGCUC